AUGGGUGCUGGAAGGAAGACUGAAACUUUCUAUGCUGCAACACCAAGUGCACAGACACAAAAUCGAAGCAAUGAAUGGUAUGGAGCCUUUUCUGUUGCUGCCCGUAAUCUUCGGGAAGAUGAGCUAGGAGGAGUGAUUUUUGGCUGCAAACACAACACCAUGAAUGAAUGCCUCUCUAAACAGCUGUUUGGUUUGCCUUCAAGCCAUUUCUCAUAUGUGAAGAAUGUUAAACCUGGCAUGCCCCUAUUUCUGUUCAAUUAUAGUGACCGAAAAAUGCAUGGAAUUUAUGAGGCUGCAUGUGCUGGCAAGCUUAACAUUGAUCAAUUUGCUUGGAGUGAUGGUGGUAGAAUAAAGACACAAUUUCCUGCACAGGUCCUCGUCUCCAUGAAGACUCACUGCUUUCCAGUUCCAGAGUCUCAAUUCCAAAAUGGUGAAUAUGCUAGUGCGAGUAGAAUAUCAACAAGCCACCUUGACGAUGAGUCUUCUAACUGGGAUGAUUUAGAUGAUGUUGCGACCAAGGAAGGAACUGAAUUUGUCAAUGAUGAUCAUCCACAUAUUAAUCCACAACAUAAUGAACAGUAUGGCACAGUGGCUGUUAGGCAGAAACUACAAGAGAUGUCUGUUUUACGACAGCAGGAGGCUCAAUCCUCCAAGGACACUGUUGAUUCUGCUUCAAAUAAACCAAUGCCUCAAGAACCACAGUUUGAUGCCACACUCCCCACAGACCCAUCUGAUUCCACCUCAAAGGGUGAUGUACGUAUUGAAGACCUGAAAUCAUUAGGGCAAUCUCGUGGAAAUGCUGAGCUGCUUCACAUCGUCAAAGAGUUAUCCAAGAGGAACCAAGCAAUGGAGAAAAAACUGUUUGAGUCAGAUAAAGAAAUACUGUUUCUGAGGGAAUCGAUGAAGGACACAGGAAGAAGAAUUCAGGAACUGGAAUACCACUAUGAGAAACUACAAUCAAACUAUAACUCUUUGGUCCCACUCCUUGGUAGUCCACAUGAUAAUAUGGAAGGACCAUCAAUAUUCCUAAUAGGUGGCUACAGGGGCAGUACUUGCCUGUCAUCACUAGAUUCCUUUUGCCCUAAGACAGACAGAGUAGUGCCUCUGUGUUCAAUGAGCUCAGCCCGUGCAUAUGCAGCAGUAGCUGCAUUGAAGGAUCAUCUCUAUAUUUUUGGUGGUGGGGAUGGCAGUUCAUGGUAUCACACAGUGGAAUGCUACAGUAUGGGCAGUAAUAAAUGGAUAACAUGCCCCCGCUUGAAACAUGCAAAAGGAAGCCUUGCUGGAACUACAUUGAAUGAUAAAAUAUUUGCUAUUGGUGGUGGAGAUGGGUCUGCAGUUUUCUCAGAAGUUGAGAUGUUUGAUCCAGCACUUGGGAGGUGGAUAGACAGUGUGUCAAUGCGGCAAAAGAGAUUUGCUCCUGCUGCAGCCGUAUUAAGUGGUACACUCUAUGUAACUGGUGGUUAUGAUGGCAACACGUACUUACAAUCAGCAGAAAGAUAUGACCCAAGGGAAGGUUUCUGGACUCUGCUUCCAAGUAUGAGUGCAAGAAGAGGAUCCCACUCCGUAGCUGUCAUGAGGGAAUCCUUAUUCGCUGUGGGAGGGUAUGAUGGAAACAGCAAGAUUUCCACUGUAGAAAUAUUUGAUCCGCGUGCCAAUUCAUGGAGGAUAGGCAGUUCAUCCAGCAUCGCAAGAGGAUACGGAUGUGCGGUGACAAUGAAUGAUAAUCUGUACCUCAUUGGUGGGGUCAAUGAUGCUGGAGAAACUAUCGAGACUGCUGAAGUUUACAAUGAGAGGCAAGGCUGGUCGAUCUCUGGCUGCAGAUCCAUUGGGAGGAGGGCCUUUGCCUGCGCUAUCACCGUUUGA